UGUAGACCUGGGGAGGUGGAGGAGGAAGAGGAGGAAGGAGGAGAAGAAGAAGAAAAGAGGAGGAAUAAAGAGGAAGUGGAAGGAGAGGAGAGGAGGGAUUUACACUGAGAGAAGUUUGACACGAAUGCAGGCUGUGCUGGGAAUAAUAGCCCGGGACGUAUAAAGUGUGCGUGCCAGUGCGGGAUAAAUCAGUCCGGGUUUGGCACGGCUUGAGUUUAGGUGUGCCACCAGGCUGGACUUUGAAGUUGUUUUUUUAAUAUCUGGAAUAAGCAUCAAAGCUCCGGAGCUGGUCACUUCCCUGCACCGCAGCAGCACAGCGGUCAGCUCAUGCAUGCACCGCCUGGCACUCAGCCUGCUCUGGAAACUGCUUUUCACAGGGAGUUUGGCACUCGGCAGGUCCCACUCGGUCAAAGCUAGAUUUCCACUUUUUUUUCUACCACAGCCGUGUGUCGCCACCAGCGGCCAGCCUGCGCGGUGCACGCCGGGGCAGGGAGCCUCUCUGGCGGGGAAGUACAGCACGGAGAGUCGGUAACGGAUCCGGAGCUGUUUUUUUCCCCCUCUGGAUCCUGCUCGCUCCUUGUGACACUACUUUGAACCGGGACUGCUGCGUGUUUUUGCAGCAGUGUCCCCCGGAGAUUUGGCGUUGUUAUUUUCGCUGGACGUGUCAGUUGUCCCCUGACAGUUAGUUUGUUUGUCGGAGUGUUUUGGCUCGGAGGGCAACUUGGUGUCGUCGUGGAGGGAUUUUCUCCAGACUUGGAGCGGUGACAGCGGGGUUUAACUGGCGGAAUAAUCAAUAAACAAAAAGCCGUCCUGUGUGAGGAGUGUAUGAGGCUAACACACAAGUAGCUCCAAACCGAGCCGAGCCGAGCCAGACCCGACCAUGCCAGUCAGAAAGAAAGACGCACAGCGAGCCCUGCUGCUGCUGGAGGAGUACCGGGCCAAGCUGCACCACGCCGAGGACCGGCAGCUCCGACACUCCAUCCAGAGGGUCAUCGACAUCUUCCAGAGCAACCUCUUCCAGGCUCUCAUAGAUAUCCAGGAAUUUUACGAAGUGACCUUAUUGGACAGUCAGAGAUGGGCGGAGUCUUCCAAGGCAGCAGACCCCAUGGCGCCCGUCCACCUGUGGGACUUCUCCAGCCUUCAAAGCACAACGGUGACCUCGGACACUCUGCCCAGCCUUAGCACCAGCAUCGAGAAGUACAGGCACCACGAUGAGGACUCGUCCCCCCAGGACCAGAGCUCCCCCCAGCUGACGGAGGAGGCGGGGGGGCCAGAGCUGGUCCAGGUAUCAGAGAAGAACCUUUCCCAGAUCGAGAAUGUGCACGGAUACGUCACCCAUGCUCACAUCUCACCUAUGAAGCAGGCAGAGGCCACCCCGCCCUCCUCUCCCAUAAUCCCUGUGAUCCCAGUCUCACCAAUCGCAGCCGAGACCACCAUCAUCCCUCCGACGUCACAGGCCAACCCUCCCCCUGUGGUGGUCAACACAGACAGCCUGGACACGCCUCCAUAUGUGAACGGGACGGAGGCUGAUUAUGAGUACGAGGAGAUCACGCUGGAGAGGGGGAACUCGGGUCUGGGCUUCAGCAUCGCGGGCGGCACAGACAACCCUCACAUCGGUGAAGACCCCAGCAUCUUCAUCACCAAAGUCAUACCUGGAGGAGCCGCUGCUCAGGACGGACGGCUCAGGGUUAAUGAUGUCAUCCUGAGAGUUAACGAGGCGGAUGUUCGGGAUGUGACCCACAGCCGAGCCGUGGAGGCCCUGAAGGAGGCCGGCUCGCUGGUCCGACUCUACGUCCGCAGGAGGAAACCCGUCUCAGAGAAAGUGAUGGAGAUCAAACUGGUGAAAGGACCCAAAGGUCUGGGCUUCAGUAUAGCAGGCGGAGUGGGGAACCAGCACAUCCCAGGCGACAAUAGCAUCUACGUCACCAAGAUCAUUGAAGGAGGAGCUGCACAUAAAGACGGGAGGCUGCAGAUCGGAGACAAACUGCUGGCUGUGAACAGUGCUUGCCUGGAGGAGGUGAGCCACGAACACGCCGUCACUGCCUUGAAAAACACUCCUGACGUGGUCUACUUGAAAGUGGCUAAACCCAACAGUGUCUUCAUGAACGACAGCUUCGCCCCGCCCGACCUCACCAACUCGUACUCCCAGCACAUGGAGAACCAUAUCAGCCCCCCCAACUUCCUGGGUCAGCCCCUCCCCCCGCCAGCAUCCUCAGGACGCUACUCCCCAACCCCGAAGAGCAUGCUGGGAGACGACGAUGUCACCCGGGAGCCCAGGAAGGUGGUGCUGCACAGAGGAGCGACAGGACUGGGCUUCAACAUCGUGGGCGGGGAGGACGGAGAGGGAAUCUUCAUCUCCUUCAUCCUCGCUGGAGGACCAGCUGACCUCUGUGGGGAGCUGAGGAAAGGAGACAGACUCGUCUCCGUAAAUGGGGUGGACCUGCGUAACGCCACCCACGAACAGGCAGCCGCCGCCCUGAAGAACGCCGGGCAGACGGUGACCAUCAUCGCCCACUACAGACCAGAGGAGUACAGUCGGUUCGAGGCGAAGAUCCACGACCUGAGAGAGCAGAUGAUGAACAGCAGCAUCAGUUCUGGAUCUGGAUCUUUGCGAACGAGUCAGAAGAGGUCGCUGUACGUCAGAGCUCUGUUCGACUACGAUAAGACCAGGGACUCCGGUCUGCCCAGUCAGGGACUCAACUUCAAGUUUGGAGACAUCCUCCACGUGGUGAACGCCUCUGACGACGAGUGGUGGCAGGCCAGACAGCUGACGUCACAGGGGGAGGUGGAGGAGGUGGGGGUGAUCCCCAGCAAAAGACGGGUUGAGAAGAAGGAGAGAGCGAGAUUAAAGACGGUGAAGUUCAACGCAAAGUCUCGAGACAGAGGGAACAUGUGACCUCUAACGCCAGCGAUAGUGAAAGUAGCUACCGUGGGCAGGAGGAGUACGUUCUGUCGUAUGAACCCGUCACUCAGCAGGAAGUGAACUACACCCGUCCUGUCAUCAUUCUCGGCCCCAUGAA